AACUAAAUGAGAUUGUUGUGUCAAUUUGUAAUGUCAUGUUGGAUGUUGAGCAUAUUGUUAGCUAGAAAACCCCGCGUGUGCAUGGGACCCAAUUUAUUUUAUAUCAUUCCAUAACGUUGACGUGCCCACUCUCCCACACUUCACAAAACCUAAUGACCGUUUUACCCACCAUGAUUUCUAGAACACUCUAAAAUCAAGCGAGGACAUUAUGGUCAUAAUGAACCAAGUAUCUCCCUCCCAGAAAGGCACGGUCUCAGUUCUUCACCCUUUCACCUACGUUUCAAUUUUUCCAAUUCACACUCAAUCCUCUCCAAUUCCCAAUCCUAAAUCCCUAAUUUCUUGAAGGCGAGAUAUUCCAUUCGCAUUACGUACUGGCUUCUCCAAUCGCCAUUCCCAGCUGAAUCCAUGGCCGCCGGGACAAUGGCCACCGCCGCCGGAGCUGCGGUGCUACUGAGCAGAACGGUGAGGAGGAGGUUUGCUCGGAGGCCAGCUCAGGCGCCGGCGAAUCUCUUGGAGUCGAUCGUGACGCUCUCGGAGACUUUGAGGUUCACGUACUCGGAGACUCUCGGGAAGUGGCCCAUCGGAGACUUGGCGUUCGGCAUCAACUACUUCAUGCGCAAGCAGGGUAAUGUGGAAGUCGCGAGUGUAUACGGAGGGAGUGGUUGUGUGGAAUUGAAAGGGCGUGAAAUAAUUGGGGAGCUGCGUGAGCUGUUGAGGUUGCUGAUAAUGUGCAUGCUCUUCUCAAAGAAGCCGUUUCCGGUGUUCUUAGAUUCCGCCGGAUUCUCCCCGGAGCAUGUUCUCCUUCAGAAGCCCAAAGCUGCGCUUCUGAAGCCUGCUUUCACAAUUAUACGGGAUACACAAUCAAAAUGUUUUCUUCUAUUGAUCCGGGGAACCCAUAGCAUAAAAGAUACUCUAACAGCUGCAAUGGGUGCUGUCGUUCCUUUCCACCACUCUGUUUUAAAUGACGGUGGGGUGAGCAACUUGGUUUUAGGAUAUGCACACUGUGGUAUGGUGGCUGCAGCUCGUUGGAUUGCAAAGCUCUGCACUCCGACAUUGCAUAAGGCUCUUGGUGAAUGUGCUGACUUUAAAGUCAAGAUUGUUGGGCACUCACUUGGUGGUGGUACUGCUGCACUGUUAACUUAUAUUCUUAGAGAACAAAAAGAGUUCUCUUCAAGCACAUGUGUCACAUUUGCCCCAGCUGCCUGUAUGACAUGGGAAUUAGCUGAAUCAGGGAAGCACUUUAUCACCACUGUUAUAAAUGGUUCUGAUCUAGUGCCCACAUUCUCAACUUCUUCUGUCGAUGAUCUUCGUUCUGAGGUCACAGCAUCAUCAUGGUUGAAUGAUUUACGAGAUCAAGUUGAGCAUACAAAGGUCCUGAAUGUUGUCUACCGCUCUGCGACUGCACUUGGAUCCCGGUUGCCAUCUAUAUCUAGCGCCAAAGCAAGAGUAGCUGGUGCAGGAGCUCUUUUGAGGCCAGUAACCAGUAGCACCCAGGUUGUGAUGAAGCGUGCACAAAGUGUUGCUGAAGCUGUAGUCAGAACUCGCUCAUCAUUGUCAUCAUGGUCCUGCAUGAGUGCACGUCGUCGGAAUGUUGGCCCACUACCAAACUCCAAACUGGAGAACUCAGCAGAAACUUCUGUAGUACCCAAGAGAAAUGCGGAAUCUCUUUUUACUGAAGAGGUAGUUAGAGAUCAUAUGCUUAGUAAUGAUGAACCUAGUUCAUCAAGUGGAGGAUCUGUCCACGAUGACACAGAUGAAGAGGAAAAACUCCUCCCUGCUAAUCAGUACGUGACCACUUCCACUGUGGAUGGCAUCACUGAAGGUGAAUUAUGGUCCCAACUGGAGCAGGAGCUCCAGCAGAAGGACAAUAUCACCGACAUUCAGGCUCGGGAAGAAGAGGCAGCCGCAGCAAAAGAAAUAAUCGAAGAAGAGAAUCAGUUUGUUGAUGCAGCAGAAAGCAGUAAUUCGAUCACAUCCGACAACUUGGAUAACCAACGAUUUUAUCCCCCAGGAAGAAUCAUGCAUAUUGUCCCUGUACCUUCAUCUGGUGAUUCUAAUUCAAAUUCCAAUGGACCCGUUGAGGAGCGGGUCUGCUUAUAUGAAACACCCAGAGAGCUAUAUAGCAAGCUCAGGCUUUCAAAAACGAUGAUAAAUGAUCAUUACAUGCCCAUGUAUAAGAGGAUGAUGGAACUACUAAUUCGAGAACUAGAGAAAGAUAGUAGCUUUGACGUGAUAAUGUGAAAUACAAUUGUAAAUACAAUACUACAGAACAAAUAUGGCCACAAAGGAUGUUAUUGAUUGGGGAAUGCCUAAUUAUAUAAUAAUUUUGAUCUAA